AUGGACGCUCCCGCUGCCUUCACGGACGCUGAGUUUUACCAGCGCAGCUUCGACCCGCAGGAGUAUCUGAGGGAAUUCUGCAGCUUGAGCAACGCGCAGGGACAGCCAAACACGCUGCUCACACAGAGCCUGAGGAGCCUCUCCAAAAUGUUCUCCCUGGACGGGCUCAGUGGCCAUACCCUGAUAGACGUCGGCUGCGGCCCCACCAUCUACCAGCUUCUGUCCGCCUGUGAGCGCUUCCAGGAGAUCAUCUCCUUGGACUACACGGACCGGAACCGCUGGGAGCUGGAGAAGUGGCUGAAGAACGAACCGGGAGCCUUUGACUGGAGCCCGGUGGUGAAAUACGUGUGCGAGCUGGAAGGGGACAGGGAGAAGUGGGCUGAGAAAGAAGAGAAACUGAGGAAGAAGGUGAAGCAGGUUCUGAAGUGCGACGUGACCAAAGCCAACCCCACGGCCCCUGUGUCCCUGCCUCCCGCCGACUGCAUCGUGUCCACCCUCUGCCUGGAGGCUGCCUUGGCCACCUUCCGCAGCGCCCUGAGGAACAUCAGCACCCUGGUGAAGCCGGGGGGGCACCUGGUGAUGGUGACGGUCCUCCAGGAAACCUUCUACGCCUUCAACAAGCAGGUUUUCUCGUGCCUCUACCUGGAGAGGAGCAUGGUGGAGGAGGCUGUGGAGGGCGCUGGCUUUGAUGUGAAGCUCAGCGAGGUGCAGCCGUACCUGCCCGGUGAUGCCCGCACGGACUGCAGAGCCGUGUUGAACCUCAUGGCACGCCGGCGUGCCUCCACCACUGCGUAG